CUUGGAUUUUCUUUCCAAUAAACAAUUAUAGAUUUUUAUCUUAGUAGUAUUUUUUUUUUUUUCUUUGCCUUCUUCUCCCAAUUUAUUAAUUGACUUGUUCUCUUCUUAGUAUUAUUCACGUAUUCUCCUCUCCUUGUCACUUUCCUUAUUCUUCUUUUGUAUUAUCUUUCCUUCCUUCGUAUUCGCCCUUAUUUAUCCGUUUCUAUUCUCUCAUGAUGGAUAUUGAUGCUUGCAUCGAGUCCAUAAAGAGCUGUAAAUAUCUUGCAGAAAAUGAAAUGCGACAACUUUGUUACAAGGUACGGGAAAUCUUAGCUGAAGAGUCAACCGUGGUACCAGUUCACUCUCCCGUCACCUUAUGUGGUGAUAUUCAUGGUCAAUUCUACGAUUUAUUGAAACUCUUUCAAGUUGGUGGUGAUAUUACUAUGACUUCGUAUAUCUUUAUGGGUGAUUUCGUGGAUAGAGGUCGAUAUUCUUUGGAAACUUUAACACUACUUCUUUUAUUGAAGGUCAAAUACCCAGAUCGAAUUACUUUGACACGAGGUAAUCAUGAAUCACGUCAAGUCACCAGAGUAUAUGGAUUCUAUGAUGAAUGUCUCGCAAAAUAUCAAAGCUCAAAAGUAUGGGAAUGGUGUUGUACAGUUUUUGAUUAUCUACCCUUGGCAGCGAUCAUUGAUGGUUCAGUAUUUUGUGUACAUGGUGGUUUAUCUCCUGAAUUACCCUCCAUUGAUUCCAUAAGAACUUUAUUUCGAAUGCAAGAAUUACCUCAAACUGGUGGGCCAUGCGAUUUGUUAUGGUCUGAUCCUGAAUCACAAGUAGAAUCUUGGGCUAUUAGUCCACGAGGUGGUGGAUAUCUAUUUGGACAUUUACCUACGGAUGCAUUUUGCCAUAACAACGGUGUUGAUUUGAUAGUUCGAAGUCAUCAAUUGGUGGAUGAAGGCUACAACUACCCAUUUACAAAUAAAAAUUUGGUAACUCUAUGGUCUGCACCCAACUAUUGUUAUAGAUGUGGAAACAAGGCAGCUAUUCUCAAAGUACCGGACGAUCGAACCAAUAUUAUGGAAUCUGAUUUUAGGAUUUUUCUGGAAAAUGAUAUUCAGGGCGAUGCUUCAUAUACGGCUGGACCGGGCAGCCAAUACUUUUUAUAGUUUACUCUUACGGAUGUAGUAUAGUCUUUCUUUUAUAUAUAUAUAUAUAUAUCAUCCUCUUUCUUUUUAUUAUUAUUAUUAUCAUUAUUAUUACUAUUAUUAUUAUUAUUAUUAUCCAAAUCAAAGAAAAAUAAAAUAAAAUCGGAG